GCAGAGUUUGCCUUGUGUGGUUUUGGCAAACUUCAACCUCAACUGAACAAACAAAAAUGUCGUCGUUCUUUACGGCUCCAGCUUCUUUGCGGAAGCGGAAGAGAGGUGCAGACAAUCCAGGCAAGCCCAGAAAACGGCGGGAAGCAGACAACAAGAAUGGAGCACGAGACGAGCAAGACGAGAGACCUAGGCGGAAACCCGCCCAACCACCACGAGACAGAGAAAGACGAGACGAAUCGAUAUCCGGCAGCGAGUCCGAAGACAACGUGGAGCCCGAGAGCGACGCCGAAUCAGAAGCCACCUCCGAAGAGGGUGAGACUGCCGCCGAACGAAGAGUGCGACUUGCACAAAGAUACCUAGAUAAUAUCAGACAAGAAGUGGACGAAGUUGGGUUCGACGCCGAGGACCUGGACAAAGAUUUGAUCGCACAGAGACUGAAAGAGGAUGCUGAUGAAGCCAAGGGCAGACAAUUCAGGCUGAUCGCCAAUAGCUUGGAUUUCGCCAACGCCUCACAUUCCAACUUUCGAGCAGAUACGGACGUCACCACGGGAGUGGCAGUGUGUCAGCCUUAUGUGUACACUGUGAGCAGAGAUAAGACGUUGAUUAAGUGGCAACUACAGACGCCCGCUACUCUUAGCAGCGACAAGACCACUGCGGCAGCAAGUCGAAGACGAAAACCCAAGCAACUGAAAUAUAUUCGAGGAGUACAGAUCAGGGCAUCAGCCCCUCAACAGCAUGGCCACAAUGGUGCGAUACUCUGCGUGGCGGCAUCACCAGACGGCAAAUACAUUGCAACAGGAGGAUUGGACAAGAAACUAAUAAUAUGGUCUGCGGAAGACCUACGACCGUUGAAGACCUUCACGACGCACCGUGACGGUGUCACCGGUUUGGCUUUUGCUCCCAGCUCAAACGCUCAAAAUGGAUUCGGGGCACAAUUGUUCAGCGCAAGCAUGGACAGAUCACUCAAAACGUACAACUUGGCAGGAGAGGACAGUCUCGCAUACGUCGAGACACUCUUCGGCCACCAGGAUCACGUGGUGGGUGUUUCGCCAGUGUCAGUUGACCAGUGUGUAACUGUGGGUGCGCGGGAUCGGAAAGCCAUGUGGUGGAAGGUGGUGGAUGAGUCGCUGACCAAAUUUCUGGGCGACAGCUCGAGGAACGACGAAUAUCACACGGGGAGUCUGGAUUGUGUUGCUGCAUUACCACCUUCGAACUUUGUGACCGGGUCCGAUUCCGGUGCAAUUAGUCUAUGGAACAUUCACAAAAAGAAAGCCGUCUUUACGAUUCGCACUGCGCACGGCGUAGAGGAACCAGCGCCGCUGGAGGAGGUCACGUCCGAGUCAGACCCUGCGGUCAUCGAAAGGCUGAAGAAAGAAGAUCGAAGGAAACCGCAACCUCGGGGCAUCACCGCUCUGGCUGCAAUACCUGGUACGGAUGUGAUCUUGACCGGAAGCUGGGAUGGUUGGGUCAGAGCAUGGAAGUUGAGCGACGACAAGCGAACGAUCUUGGCCAUGGGUCCCGUCGGGAAAGUGGGCGAGCCUGUCGGAAAUGCGCACGAGGAUACACACUCGACUCCAUCAAGUGCCGCAACUAAUGUUGCGGCCGUGGCAGGCCAGGACAUCAAUCAUGGCGUGGCACGAGGCUUUGUGAACUCCUUGGCCGUGUUCGAGAGAAGAAAAGAGAUUGUCAAUGAGUUUGGAGGCAAGAAAGAGGGUGACUGCCAGGGCAUCUGUAUCGUGGCCGGUACUGGAAAGCAGAUGAGAUUAGGAAGGUGGAGGAAGCUGCCGAACGGCAAGAACGGCGCAGUGGUGUUUGAAGUCCCUCUACGAGCAAGUUUGUAGCUGUCUGUCCAUGUCGUCUGUACCGGGUAAGGGUACCGGAUCUCGACUCGUCCAGGCCGAAGUUACUCUCAAAAGACUCGAGACCUACGGAG